CCGCACAGGACCCGAAUGUCCAACCAUCAGCGAAAAAACGUAAGCCUAUGCAACACAGUGAAGCAUCCCCGCCGAAUACCAUUACCACUUCAAAUGUCCCGAAAAUCGGAGCGGGUAACUCUUCCAACACGAGCGUCGCCGUCACACCUUUAGCCGCUAUGGUACUUUUAAUCCCGAACUGAUCUACUUGAAAACACUAUGUCAAGCUUUCCGGGUUUACCUUCGGCCGCUAUGGUACUUUUAGUCCCUAAUUGAUCUACUUGAAAACACUAUGUCAAACCUUUAUGCUAACCCCCCUAUCAGCACGCUGCUCAUACCGAAAAGCGUACCGACUUGGAAAUCACAGAAAAUGCAUCCCCAAAACGUCCACUUGCUACGGCCCAUACGGAUUCGCUCGAAGAUAUCGACUUCUUGAGUAACAGCAGCGAUGUAUCUUCUCCAUCUCCACUACUACCCCUUGGGCGUUCGCACAAUUCGCUACCGUCAAAACUCGUAAACGAGAUUGCUUGUAACGUUACGCCGAUCAAAGACAAAACGGCGCCGCAAUCAAAACACAUCUCACGAAAUAGCGUAGAACCUCAUCGCACGAUCCGGCGACAGGACGCUGAGGAGCCACUAAGCAACAGUAGUGACGAAUCGGAAGCGUCCGAGCCUCUCACCCACGCCGUGGGACGCGCCGCAUCCGCUACAACUUUCGCCACUACAACAGUUUCGGACCGGCCGUUAACGCGCGCGUCACCGACACUAGGAAAGGACUCCGACGGCACGGAAGUUAGCGGCAACGCAAGAGCAUCCGUGACCAACAAUAGCACCCAAUGUGCAAAGAUGGAGAGUCACGCUCUUCCCUCUGAUGUACCCAUUCCCGGUGCGCUUUCGUCAAAUUUUAUGCAGCCGGCACUCAGUGUCUCAGAUAACACCUGUUACACUCGAUGCGCUCACACAAAUGACGCCAAGAGACUUCUCAGCAACAGUAGCGAGAUGGACUCGGACGCGGAGACUCCGCUUGGCAGCAUUCACCGCGAGACGCAGGCUGCCCAGACUCGGGGUCUAGCAGCCACCUUCAAAAAGGCAUCUAACAAGCGCAGCGCGCGGGUAAUAAGCGUCGAUGAUCCUCUCAGCAACAGUAGCGACGUAGAUUCCGACGAGGAGAAUCCCCCUGGCGGUUUUCGAAGCGAAAUGCGAGUUGCCCAAACUUCCGGCAUCGGAGCCGCCCCCAAGGAAACAUACGAGGAAUCAACUACCGCCGUAUCUACUGCCUACUUCACGUCGCAGAAGCGAGAUCCGCAAUAUGAAAACUUGAACGAGCCUAAAGUCACAUGCGCGGAAGAGCGCCCAAAAAGCGCAACGUCAAGUGCACAUAUUCUGGCUUCUGACAUAAAUCCGGCCACCACUCAGCCGAUACCUGCUCCGAUUACCGACGUACAUGUCCUGCGAUUCACCACUAAGUCAUCUACUGCCGCUACAACGAAAAGACCGCUCCCAAACGCGCUGGUGCAAUCAUCCAGUCCUGCUGCAGAACAGUUAUUCUCGGUACAUCCCGCCGUCGGUAGUAUACCUUUACCGGAACUCGACGAGUGGUUCCCAUUUGGUCGCGGAAACACACUCACCGCAGCGGAUAUUGUGGCGCAAUGUAUUUUACUAUCUUUCUUUUGAAGCGCAAAGUAAACAUUCUAUAUCUAGUUCCUAAAGACCGUAACUCUUCUGACCCUACGAAUGAGCGGAUAUUCUUUCAGUGCAAAUCACAUUCACAUGUAACCACUCAGAUACAUCAGACCCAUCCGCGCAGCUUCCGGGAGAUAAAGCAACCAUUCUGAACUUUCUCAAACGAUAUGAGACAGACCAUGUGAGACAGUUAUCCACAGCCGACAAUAUUGUGGACUACGCCGAUCACGCCGAUGUUGUACAUCCUUCGCCGUCUGUUUGGGGGUGGUCUCAUCCAAAUCACAACAAGCAUAACCGGCUUUACGGACCUCUAGAUUCUGUCCUCUCCCGUUCUAAUGGCCUAUUCAACCAGACGCAUAAAGCCCUGAUUGAUCACGCGAACAAAUUUCCGGGACCCGAUACUCUCAACGCGUCAGAACCGAACCGCGUAGCCUUCAUCAAUAACAUGCUCCGAAUCUCCAACCUUCACAGCCUUUACAAGAAUUUGGAUAAAGCUAUCGCAUCAUAUAUCGCAUCGCACACGCGCUCGUACAACAAGCAAAUUCACACUCAGCAACUUGUCGACGGCAGUGCUGAAAAUCCAACAGCCUGCCAAUUCCUGUACGAGGCCGCGGUCGCGUACACACAUGCAAACAGCGAAGCUUGCCACAAAUGCCGUGAUGUCGACGGACCUAUUCCGCAGCUUCUUUCACGGACCCCGGACACGCGCAAGUCACCUCUCGCGGACCCGCGUCCUGUAGAGGGCAUCCUUCAACGGUUGGCCGAUGUAAACGACAAACUGGCUACGGACCGCGCUCAGCAGGCAUUUCAAAAAAUGCUGGCAGGCGUUUGUGAUUGUUUCACGGACUGCCUCGAACGCGAUAAGCUUCCCCUUCCACCGGCACGACACACUACGAUAUCCGCCUGCGGACCGCGAGGGGCCACGAACUCUGCCACCAAGCUUGCAUACUCGAACGCCCAAACUACAGUCGCGGCGUCGGCAUCAUCUUUGCAUCAACCGAAGCUAGACCAAGGUCUUGUACUGGCGCAAAUACAAGGCGAUCCAUCCACCAAUACCGACCGAGGAUUAUCUUGCGAUCUUCACCAUCGCGCCGGACCUCAGGCCAAUUCGGCACAGUCGACGAUCCACGCAAAAGCAUUCCGAGCGGCCGUUACCGCGCUCGCACAAGGAGAUGAAACUCGCAUACGCUCCGAUAGCGCGGCUAUCUCGUCGAUCGGCGUCGAAGACGAAGAAGAAAACGAUGCUAAUAGCCGACACGUGGAGACACUGUCUCCGUUACCGCCUGCAUCAUCCAGCGAAGAAGAUAGACAACCGCCUGCAUCAUCCAGCGAAGAAGAUGAUCAAUCACGCGGAUAAGGUCGAUUGGAACCUUUCCCUUUUCCGUAUAUAACACGGCUGAGUGUCUCACUCACUCUACCACGGGUAAAGACUACGCAAGGGAUUAGGGAUUGUUUGCACAUGACUAGCAUCGACCACAUGAACAAUGGCUACACCCCCGUUGUCUUAAACACGACGCAUCAGUGUCACAUUCUAUGGAUGUAUCAAGCCGUGGGCUUGCUUACGUGUAUUUCUACUGUUGCAAGUUGUGAACAGUUACUUCAUCACAAGAAUUACCCAGCGACCCGAGCGUACUACACUACACCACCGCGCACUAUCAAUAGAGGGACUCGCGAGUGGAUCUAAUAUAUAACUAGUGUACUGUAUUCCCGUUUCACUAGUCUGGAUCCAUCACCAUCCAAUCUGUUCAGGGCCUCGUUUCCUAGACUUCGCGAG